UGAGGACCCGUUCCGUUCCGGGUUGAGGUCUUCAGGAGUCAGGACGCCAUUGUAUUUCCAACUUUCCUCGCCCCGUCCCCGAUUCCGAGCAACUUCUCUUCCGCGUCACCCCCGCCCCCACCUCCUCUUUCUACUGUUUACUCGUCUUAGACGACCCGAGUCACGACCUCCGUCAGUCCCAAGCUCGAUAGGCCGCCUCCGUCUCUCGAUUCCGGAAGCGCCCUGCCGCCUCCGGCUCCAAUGGCGCUGCCCUACCUGGAGGCCGUUCUGUGCUUCAUGAUUCUCUUGUACAUAUUUGAGACAUAUCUUAACAUCCGUCAACAUAGAGCCCUUAAAUUGCCAACGUUACCAAAACCCCUGGUAGGAGUAAUUAGUGGCGAAAAGUUUGAGCGGUCGAGAGCUUAUAGCCUUGACAAAAGCAAUUUCAAUUUUGUCCGUGAAGCCGUAACUAUAACAUCUGAUAUCAUAAUACUGUACUAUAAAGUUCUUCCUUGGUUUUGGAAGAAAUCUGGAGAGUUGGCAACCAACAUUGGCCUGAACGCAGAAAAUGAGAUAAUACACACUCUUGCAUUCUUAGCAGGUGUCAUGGUUUGGUCACAGAUCACAGACUUGCCAUUCUCUCUUUAUUCAACUUUUGUUAUCGAGGCUCGACAUGGUUUCAACAAGCAAACUAUAUGGCUCUUCAUUAGGGACAUGAUCAAGGGAAUUUUACUGUCCACCUUACUCGCACCGCCGAUUGUGUCUGCUAUCAUCAUUAUAGUACAGAAUGGUGGGCCUUACCUCGCAAUAUAUCUCUGGGGGUUUAUGUUUGCACUGGCUCUCCUGAUGAUGACAAUAUACCCCAUCAUGAUAGCUCCCCUGUUCAACAAAUUCACUCCUCUUCCUGAAGGCACACUCAGGGAGAAAAUAGAGAAGUUAGCAGAUUCCCUCAAGUUUCCUUUGAAAAAGCUUUUUGUGGUGGAUGGGUCUACCAGAUCAAGCCACAGUAAUGCUUACAUGUAUGGUUUUUUCAAGAAUAAGCGCAUUGUUCUCUAUGACACAUUGAUUCAGCAGUGCACUAAUGAGAAUGAGAUAGUUUCUGUUCUUGCGCAUGAGCUUGGGCACUGGAAACUCAAUCACACUGCAUAUUCUUUUGUAGCUGUCCAGCUACUUACAUUUCUGCAAUUUGGAGGAUACACUCUAGUAAGGAACUCCAAAGAUCUCUUCGAAAGUUUUGGUUUCGAGGAUCAGUCUGUAAUAAUCGGACUGAUCAUUUUUAUGCACACCAUAAUACCUGUUCAACACCUUCUGAGUUUUUGCCUAAACCUUGUCAGCAGAGCAUUUGAAUUUCAGGCUGAUGCUUUUGCCAAGAACCUUGGCUAUGCUCCUGAGCUCAGGGCAGCCCUUGUUAAACUACAGGAAGAGAAUUUAUCUGCAAUGAACACGGAUCCAUGGUAUUCAGCAUACCAUUACUCCCAUCCACCUCUUGUGGAAAGGCUCUCUGCUAUUGAAGAUCUAGACAGCAAGAAAAAAGACUAAAAUGGAAGAUGAUUGAGCUGAUGUCAUACAUGAAGCGGGAAGUCUUAAUCCUAUGGUUUGCUAUAUGGAUAGCAACCGGCAUACCUGUCAUUUUACUUUAUGAUGUUAAAAUGGAUUUGAUGGAUUGGAGCUUUUCCAGAGUUGUGGAAGCAUCCAACCAUAUUUGCAACUCUAGGUUAAGUUCCGUUUAUCAAUCAACUUACAAUCUUACAGAUAUUAACCUAUUUGGUAGUCCUUUGAUGUUUUUUUUAAGGCGGUAGUCCUUUGAUGUUGACAAAUAGAAGUGAAUCGGACAUGGCAUGUUAGACUUUUUUUUAGAAAACAUACAUGUUUAGACUUCAGAUA